AUGGUCCAAGAUCUUCCCCCGCCACAGGGCAUUACCUCGCUCUUGGAUACAGAUCUGUACAAGUUGACGAUGCAAUGCGCCGUCCUCAAGUAUUUCCCAGACGUUCGCGUGACCUACGGCUAUACCAAUCGAACCCCGCACAUGAAACUGCGCCGCGGGGCAUACAAAUGGCUUCUGGAGCAGAUGACAAGACUGUCCGUGAUCCGCGUUACCGCCGAAGAGCGCGAAUGGCUCCGUCAAAAUUGCCCUUACCUCAACGAGGCGUAUCUCGCGUACCUGGAGACCUUCCAACUCAAACCCACCGAGCAAAUCAAGAUCAAGUUCACACCGGAGCAAGAUACUGGCAGCGAUGACGACGAAGGCAUCCUGGAGUACAUCAUUGAGGGACUCUGGCUCGAGACGAUCCUGUAUGAGAUCCCGUUGCUGGCGUUGACCAGUCAGGCGUAUUUCAUGUUCAGCGACAAGGAUUGGGAUUACGAGGACCAGGAGGAGAAGGCAUACCGCAAGGGUUGUACUUUGCUGGAAAAUGGCUGUGUGUUCUCUGAGUUCGGCUCGCGUCGUCGUCGCGACUACCAUACCCACGACCUGGUUAUGAAGGGACUGAGCCGUGCCGCGGAGGAAGGAAAGAAGAAGGGCUGGACCGGUGUUUUGACCGGAACUAGCAAUGUGCACUUUGCUAUGAAAUACAAUAAGGCGCCUGUCGGCACUGUGGCACACGAAUGGUACAUGACCAUUGCGGCUAUCACCGACGACUACCAGAAUGCCAAUGAGCUGGCAUUGAGUUACUGGCUCGGCACUUUCGGAGAGGGAGUUCUUGGAAUUGCCCUCACUGACACAUUUGGCACACCGGCUUUCCUGAAUGCGUUCAAGAAGCCUAUUUCAGCACCGAACGAAAAGAGCGAUACCAAUUCAAACAAAAUUACCUACGCUCAAAGCUACAUCGGUGUCCGCCAAGACUCCGGAGACCCAACAUUCUUCGUCAAGAUGGUCCGCGACUUCUAUGAUAGCCAGGGAAUCUCCGACGCCAAGACAAUAGUGUUCUCUGAUUCACUCGAUAUUGAGCACUGCCUGCAGUAUAAAGCCAUUGCCGAAGAGGCAGGCUUUAAACCUACAUUCGGAGUCGGAACCUUUUUCACCAAUGAUUUCGCCCAAAAGUCAACCGGAGAGAAGUCCAAGCCUCUUAAUAUUGUUAUCAAAAUCGCAACUGCGAAUGGCAGUCCGGCUGUCAAGCUCAGCGACAACUUGGGCAAAAACACCGGCAAUCACGCUAAGGUCCAGGAGGUCAAGAAGACGCUGGGCUAUGUUGAGCACACAUGGGAGGAGGGCGAUGAAAGCCACCGCUGGACGACGCGAUCAUAA